AGAAUAAUCAUAUCCAAUGGAUUACAUUUCUCCCCAGACAUACAACUCAACUCUCUCUUUGUCUCUCUCUUUAGCUUUAAACCCCAUAAGAAAAGAUAAGAGCUCUAAGUUUCUUAACCUUCUCUCCAUGGACUUGACUGGACUUAAAUGGCUGCAACAACACCAACAAAUGGUUUCACCUGAGUUUCUUCAGAUACUUGGCUCAGAUGGUAGAGAAGAGCUCAGAAGGGUUGAGAGUUACUUGGGAAACAAUCUUGAUGAGUUGCAGAAUUUCAGACCGGGUUAUGAUACUAUUGAUGGCUGCAUCUCCAGGACAAGUAGCUUCCAAAUGGAACCAGUGAAAAGCAAUGAAGAAAACAGAGUCGUUGCCUUGCAGAACAAGAGAAAACCUGAGGGUAAGAGAGAAACAAGAGAGAAGAAGAAGAAGAUCAAAGCAGAGGAUGAAACAGAGUCAAGCAUGAAAGGAAACUCAGACAUGAGCAACACAGAGACAUCCUCAGACGUUCUGAAACAAGAUUACAUCCAUGUGAGAGCUAGAAGAGGUGAAGCCACUGACAGACAUAGCUUAGCAGAAAGGGCAAGGAGAGAAAAGAUAAGCAAGAAGAUGAAAUGUCUUCAAGACAUUGUUCCUGGAUGCAACAAAGUAACUGGUAAAGCCGGUAUGCUUGAUGAGAUCAUCAACUACGUCCAAUCUCUGCAGCAACAAGUCGAGUUCUUGUCCAUGAAACUCUCCUUCUUGAAUCCACAGCUUGAGUUUCAUAUCCAUGAAUUGUCAUCCAUGAUGGCGGAUCAAAGAUCUUUUCCAUUACACCAGCAAGGAUCUCUAGAUUACUCGGUCAUAAACUCAAACCAAACCACAUCUCUCAACGCUCUUAAAAUGGAGACAUCUUUAAGCUGGGAUGUUCACUCACAGUGUCUUUACAACAACUUGAGAACCGAUUCAGUUUUCAGUUUUUUCAGCCUCAAGUAAAGAAGUUAAGGAUAAUGGAUCAUUGAAAAUUCUGCAAAUUUUUAUUUGUCUGGUCAUUCUCUUUGUUAUCUUAAAAAAUGAAUCAGAAAGACAGAGGAAACCAUUUAUUUUAUUAUAAAAUUUUACAAGUUGCAAACUA